UUUGGAAACACCGCAAACUGCUUUUGGAUGUACUAAGCGAAUUAGACGUGUCUCAGUUGUACGAGUAGAUUGAACCGUGUGAAGACAGAAUCCUGACUAGACUCGCUAAGCAGUGCCUUCUUGAACAAACAACCCCAGACACAGGCCGGAAAUACCAUUACAACAACCCUUAACCGUAAGACCCGACAUAAGUGAGGCCAUAUUGAACUAGUUGAAUCUCCAUAUUGCUCAGAUAUUUCUACCAUUAUCUUAUCUGAUCAGUUUUCCAGUUUCUAUCAAAUCAAAACCAAUUCUAAAUUCAAUAUUGAAAUUAAAUAAUUGCAAUCCUAAAAUUCCAUUUGGAUUCUACGAACUUCUAGUGAAUACCAAUAACAGUAUCAAUAUAUCAAUAGCAAUUUCACCAAUAACAACCUCCAAAGUGAUCUUUCAUAAUGUCUGAUACCACUGAUCUGACGUCUCGUUUCCGUCUAGGUGAUGACAUUCACUUCUCCUACGACAACCAAUCACAACCCACGACUUCCGAGUCCCCAGCACCUUCAUCAUCGAAUAAGAAGAAGAAAAAGAAAGCCAACAAGAAGCACAAACAACCUGUAGAAGCUACGUUGAACAACCCUGAAGACGAUUAUCCGACAUCUCGUGUAAUCAAACAGGCACCCAAUGGCGAUGUAAUAGUAGAAUCGUUGGACGAUGAGGCCUCACACCAAAACCAAGAGAAUCACAGACAUCACCACCAGUAUACCAAUAUAUGGGACAGUGCGUCCAUUGAAGAACAGGAGAACUUGAAGCUGUUCUGGGAGUCGCUAGAUGAAAGUCUGAAGAUGGAGCUUGUGAAGAUCGACAAGAAGUCGAUAAUGGAGAUUUUCAAAAACGAAACAAAAGCCAAUAAUCAAUCUCAUCAUGGUCAUGGAGCUAAUGGAACUUCCUCGGCUAGUGGUGCAAAUUCCGCUGCGAACGCCAACCCUGUAACUCCUAGCUGUGCGUGUAAGUAUUGCGGAAGAAGAAGCACCAUCAUCGAAGAUGAGUUGGAAAACAUAUACGACAACCAUUUUGAUGACAUAAUAGAUUUCAUCCACGAAAUCCGAGAUAUCAACGACUUGAAUGCGUUGCCAGGUCUUCUCUUUGGCGGAUUCCAUAUGCUUGAAGAGGAGCACAAGCUCCAGAAACGACAACAGCGUAUGAAGCAUAAACGAGAUCAUCCAGCUUCGCAAAAUCAUACAGAAAAUCCAGAAGUUCAUGGUGAGCAUCCCCAUGUUCAACCACAAAAUUUUGUGAAUCUGCGUGCUCCAGCGGACUCAAUAAAUACUUCUGUAGUUGAUAACAGGACUCCUUAUCCAGUGGCAGCAGGCUCAAUUGGAGCCAAGCAGCUUCAACAUCAACAGCAGUUACAGCAGCAGUUACAGCAACAACAGCUUCGGCAACUACAGCAGCAAUUACAGCAAGAACAGAAUGUUCAUAGCCAACCACAGCAGAGUCUACAAAUGCAACAGCAACUAAACGAGAAUGAUCUACCCGGUGGUAACACGCUGGAUCUUGCCAAACACUUGGAAAAAAUGAGCUUGGAAGACAAGAAGGGCGAAUACACCAACGAGCGUAAGAUCUUCCAGAAAUUACUCGAUCCCAAGCUUGUAGAAGUUUUGGACAAAGUCGAUUUUGAAAAGGUCAAGUCUGGCAACUAUGUUGGAAGCGCAAGUCAAGCAAAUCUUUUCCAAAGAGCUGAUUGUUUGAGGGAAAUAGUACGUGAUCUUCACAAAGCUGACAAGACACAAUUGGAACAGGGCUUGUCCUUUCUCAAGAACAUAAGCUCUAUUUUCUCCAACUCUAAGACCCCGUUCCCAGCUGAUGUCACUAGUAAUCCCAGGAAUUUUUCGAGCAAAUUCAAUGAUCAGCUAUCCAAUUUUGCUGAGGAUCUCUUGAAGAACGAUGGUAAUUCAUUUAUUGAGAUGAUGGAAUCUCUUUCUGAAUCGAGAACUGCGAGAGAAGAUUUGCUCAAAGAUCCUACCAAGAAGGAUGCCCAGGCUUGGGUGGACGAGGACGACAACAAUGACAGUAAAAGACCAGACGCCAGUACCGUGAAACAACCGUCUCAAGAAUACGAAUAUUAUGAAGAGAGUGAAGAAGAUGAAGAAGAGCUCAGUGAAGAAGAUGAAGACGACGCCGAUGAUAAUGGCUUGAAUGAAGAUGACGAUCUCGUUCAAGAUGGUCACCAUGACGACAGUGCUAGUGAUACCGAAUCAGAGAUCUCUGAAGAAGAAAAGAUGCAAGAAAUUCGUCGUUUAUUCCUCAUUCAAGUGAUUAAACUCUUCCAAGAGAGAUUGAAAAGUGCUUACAAGGAGAAGUUAUCUGAAGACAGAACCCAGAAGUUGAUUGAAGAACUUGAAGCUGAAGAGAAUGCCAAAAAGGAAAGAGAGCUUAAGAAGUUGAAACAGAAGGAGAAGGCUAAAGAGAAGAAGAGAUUGCAACAGUUGGCUAAAGAAGAAGAGAAAAAGAAGAAGGAAGAGGAGCAAAGAGCCAAGGAAGAGGAGUUGAAGCAGAAACAAGAAGCUCUAAAGGCUGACCAAAGACGUAGAAAGGAAGAGGCCAAAUUGAAACGUGAAGAAGAGAAGAAGAAACGUAUUGAAGAGUUGAAGAGAAAGGAAGAAGAACACAAGAAGAAGGUUGAAGCUCAGCAGAAGAAGGAAGAAGAAGCCAAGAAAUUAAAGGAAGAAAGAAAGAAGAAGGCAGAAGAGGAACGCAAGAAGAAGGAAGAAGAAAAGAGGCAGAAGGAGUUAUUGAAGAAACAGAAAGAAGAGGAACGUGAAAGGUUGAAAUUGGAGGCUGAGGAGAAUGAACGUUUGGAAAAGGAACAACAAGAAUUACAGGAAUUGCAGGAGCUGCAAAAUCAAUUGGAGCUUGAAAGUGCACAACUUCCAGCUGAACUCGCUGAGGAAAUCAACGCUUCUCCCGAUAGCUUCUCGCCUACAAAGAAUCAUUUGUUGGAGCAAUUGUAUCAAGCUAGGCCCAGCAGUGUUUCUGGACCCACGACCAUUUCUCCACCUAUUCAAUUCACUCCAGAAGCCGUACCUCCGGUUGCUGCUGUUCUGUCUGUUGUACCAUCUGUAGUUCCUAUUUCUCCUGCUUUAUCUGGUGCUAUCUUGAAUGGUACCGGCUCUCCUAAUAGCAGAAAUGCGAUGUUGUAUGGGUCUUCCGCUCAAGCACAACUUCCAAAUGGUCUCAAUUCUUCGACUUCUAACAUGUCCCCAUGGUCAAGCAAAUCCAGAUUGAACUCUACUUCUGGAGCUUCGUUGCAACUGAACCUAUUCCAGCCUCAACUACUGGCUAGCGGAUUCAGCCCCUUCAAUGAUUUCUCCACUCCAGCAACAAGUGCUGGAAUUGGUAGUGUAAAUGUCAAUGCACCAUUAGCCUCUACUGCUGUAGAGCCUUUGGCUGGUGCAAAUAAUGGUGGUGUUUGGAACCCUUCAACUACUUCUUCGCGUAACAACUCAAUUUGGAGCAACACUCCUAAUCUCAACAAUGCUUCCAUUUGGGGAAAUACUCUCCCCAGUUUGGCUGGAGGAGCUGGUGCUGGAGCUUCUACUCCAAGUGCUGCUCAUACUCUUCCUAAUUCAGCUCCAUUGGCUUCAGACAAUGAGUUGAUCCAAGUCGCUGCCUACAACACUUUCCAGAUGUUGCAGAACUCAAACCAACUCGAAUUUGGGGCUGCUCCUUUGAUGAAAUUGUUUCUGGGUGUCAAGCUCUUGUUGGGCAAUAACGCUUUGACCAUUAACCAAUUAUUGAGUAGCUGUGAUUCUACCAGCGUAUACCAUUUUGAGUUUGUGUACGAUGAUUUUGGAACGGUUACACAUGUCAAAGUCAACUUCAACAACGGCGGUUUGGCGCAGAGCUUGCAAUCCCAGGCAGCUCCUACCUUGCUCAACAAUACAUUGGCUACUUCGGCUGCUGGAUUAAGAAGUUCUCCUCCUCCAGGCUUGGGCACUAAGGCAUCAACAGGUUCCGUACCUUUAAGUCAGUUCAGGUUCAAUAUCAACGAUGCCAAUUCGCCUCUCUUGUCCAAUCUAGGCGACUGGAGCAGUGGGAAUAACUCCACCAACGCAAAUGGCAAUAGCUCCAAUGGAGGCAGCAGGGGCUUGUGGAAUUGAUGGUUCGUAUUGGACAGAUUAGUUAUCUCUAUGUAUGAUUCGUAAUAUAUUCUGAUGGUAAGAUAAGAAGCUACUGCUAUAAAACUACUGGUGCUAAUAGCACUCUACUGUUACGCUACAUUCCUAGCUGCGCCAAUGGUGCUAUGACAGUACUGGUGCAAUUAACCAGUGCCUAAUAAUAGAAAUUAUACUUCUACCAAUCAGUACUACGACACUGCGGCAUUCUGUGUCUCCGUGCUGGCAAUUAUGGCACGACUUGUAGCACCACUUGCUGGUGCCGACAAUAAAGAGCUAUUGCCGAGAUUUGCGCUAGUGUGGAUAUUUCUGGUCUUUUCAUGACUGUGAGGCUGGGCUUGAGCCGCACGGACCUAACCGAAAUAGAACGAUCUGUUCUACUAGAGAGGCUUCAGAUCUGGUAGAACUGUGGACCAAUACGAAACUCUUUCAGAAUGCGGUCAUUGGCAAUUGGAGUACACAUAAGUUGGCGGAGCAGCGGGUAUGUGAGCUGGUGGGUGGGACACAAUCAAACUUUCUCUGGAGUAUGGAGACGUUCUGGAGCUUCCGUGGAAUUUCAACUGGCGUGGGGCAGUGUAAGCGAAAAAAAUUUUGUGAUUCUCGCUAUUGUCACGGAAUCUAAGGAGGAGGAUCAGCGACAAUAAUGGUGGAAUGUCCCAAUGGAGUGAGCCAAAUGAAGGGGAGGAAGUACGAACGGAGUCGUAUAGGGACAAGAAUCUCGUAGCAAUUGAGUAAUUGGGCGAGGCUUAGUGGGCGAUCGUUAGCACCUG